AUGUGGACUGUCAUAGCGUUGAGAGGAAAGGACGGCAUAGUGUUGGCGGCCGAGAAGUUGGUGGCCUCCAAACUGUACGAAUCGGGUGCUAAUAAACGCCUGUUUAAUGUGGACCAACACAUCGGUGUUGCCGUCGCCGGACUUCUGGCCGACGCCAGAGCUAUAGUGGAGAACGCGAGGGAAGAGGCGAAGAACUACCGCUCGGAAUACGGUUCACCCAUUCCUAUCAAAUAUCUGAAAGAGAGGACAUCCAUGUAUUUGCACGCAUACACUAUGUAUAGUGCGCUCAGACCUUUCGGAUGUAGUCUUCUGGUGGCAUCACAUGAUAACAUCGAUGGACCGCAACUCUAUUGUCUCGACCCGUCGGGCCUUUCAUGGGGCUACUACGGGUGCGCUAUAGGAAAGGCCAAACAGGCGGCCAAAACAGAACUCGAAAAGUUAAAACUCAAAGACAUGACCGCAAAACAGUUGAUCAAAGAGGCGGCCAAAAUCAUUUAUGUGGUUCACGACGAGAUCAAAGACAAGGCGUUUGAAUUGGAGAUGAGUUGGAUUGGGGCCGACACUAACGGCAAACACGAAUGGGUGCCCAAAGAGUUGUUCGAUGAGGCGGAACAGGCGGCCAAAGAGGCCAUCAAACCCGACUCUGACUCAGAUAUAGAACAGGAAUGAGUUUUUGACGGACAGAUAUUUUGUCACACAUUUUGGUGUUUUUCAUUGAAUUGUUUAGUUUGAAAUAAAAACUAAUUUUUCUAAAUAAUUUUCCUACUUUUUAUUUUUAACCAUAAAAACUCAAUAAAUAAAUAUUCAUUGUAUUUAUUAUUUUGUAAAAUA